AUGUCUAUCUUCGCGAAAAUAAAGGCCGUCGAUUUCUACCGGCGAAUACCUCGCGACCUGACAGAGGCAUCGCUAUCCGGGGCUACCCUAUCGCUGGUCGCCGCCACAUGGAUCAUCGUGCUCGUCUGGCUCGAGCUGCGGGUGUUUCUGACGGUGACAACGAGCACCACGGUCAUCGUGGAUCAGAGCCCCAACACCGACCUGCUGCGCAUCAACUUCAACUUCAGCUUCCCAGCGCUCUCCUGCGAGUUUGCAUCGGUUGACAUUACAGACGUCAUUGGCACGGCGCGGUACAACCUGUCGCGCACCCUGCGCAAGCACCCCAUCGACUCGUCGCUGCGGAUUGUGGGGCCACAGCACCACCCGGACCCCAUACCCGAGCUGAUGCGCGGGGGCAAUGAGGGGGGCGAGGAGGAGGAGGCGCAGAGGCAGCUGGCGGAGGAGGGCAUGGCGAGUGGCGGGGAGGCGGGUGAGAAGCAGUAUGUGGGGUCGCUGGUGCUCGAUACAAGGACGUACGGCAUCCUCAUUGUGAACUUCUUUGCGCCGUGGUGCCACUGGUGCCAACUCCUGGAACCAGCAUGGGAACAAGCAGCAACAGUCAUGAGCCAAAAGUAUCAUCCGGAUCAUGAUGGGCGCAUUCGCCUUGCCAAGGUGGACUGCACUCUCGAUUCCAACCUCUGCUUCAGCCAUCAUGUGCAGGGUUACCCCUCCAUCCGAGUCUUUCGCAAAGGGGACGAUUCAAUCAUGAUGGAGCAUGGGCAGCACGAGCAUGAGUCAUACUAUGGUGAACGCGACACCCUCUCCCUCAUUGCUUUCUCCGAGUCUCUAGUAGCGGCCGCACAGGCGCGAGCAGCAGCGGCAGCAGCAGCAGCAGGAGGGGCGGCGUUACCUGGCGGCGAUCCUGCAGCGGAAGCAUCUGAUCCGAACCGCCGCCGUGCCCCACAGGCUGCAGGCUGCCAGAUAGAGGGCUUUGUGCUCGUGAAGAAGGUACCAGGCAACCUGAUGGUGCAUGCCAACUCCCCAUCGCACUCCUUUGACGCGGCCGCCAUGAACCUCUCACACGUGGUGCACCACCUGUCGUUCGGCCGCCAGCUGUCGGAGCGCAAGCGGCAGCACCUGGAGCGUUUGCAGCCCAUGCUGCACCUCAGCAACGGGCGACUCAACGACCGCUCCUUCACCUCGCAGCAUGAACGAGUCACCCACGAGCACUUUCUGCAGCUGGUGCUGACAGAGGUGCGGCGGCCGUCGUUCCUGGCGACUGCAACGCUGCCAGCCAGCACGAGCAGCACGAGGCGCGAGUGGAGCAAGCAUGCGCUGCACGCGUUUGACUUCACCGUGCACAGCCACACGCUCGAACGCCCCGAUGACCUGCCUGCUGCUCGCUUCCACUACCUGCUCUCGCCCAUGCAGGUGGUUCUUACUGAGACCAGGCCUUCCCUUGCCGCCUUCCUCACCAAUCUUUGCGCCAUCAUUGGAGGAGUCUUCACGGUUGCUGGUAUUGUGGAUGGGAUGCUACAUGGUGCGGUCCGUGAAGAGGAGGAAGAGGAAGAAGGGGAGGAAGAGGAGGAAGAGGAGGAAGAAGAGGAAGAAGAGGAAGAGAAGUGGGUGGAGGAGCGGCAGCAGCAGCACGCGCAGCCGCAGCACCAAUCGCAGCAGAAUGACGGCGAGGGAGCGGGAAAGCGUCAGCACGCGGACGAGGGAUUCGGCAAGACCGCUGCUCUAGACGCAACGGUCCCCGCCGUUCCGAGCGGCGAGGGCGACAACGAGAAUGCGCGGAAGGAUGGCGGAAAGGCCAGCGGUCCGUGGGGAAAGGGGGAGGGGGCGGCGGAGGACAGUGGCGCAACAGGGGCGGAAAAUGCUUCCUCCAGGGAAAAAAAAGGAGCGGAGGGCGGGCAGACGCAGCAGCCGCAUGAGCGGAUGCCGAGCGGAGGGAACUAUUUUCUGGACGGGAAGGGGGGCGGGGGGAGCGCGCGGAGCAGUAGCAGUGACGGCGGGGGGGCGCGGGAAGGGGGAACGGCGGCGCAUAUGUGGCAGCACGUGCACGGAGUUGCGAUGCGCAUCAUGGGGCGCUCCGCGAGCGAUGAGCGGGAUGGGAAUGGGGGGGGCGGAAGGAAAGGCAAGGAGAGCGCGGGAGUGGGUGGCACACCAUCGACACUGCACUGCACAUGUUGCUGCAUCUCAUGCCUCCCCCAUCCCAUCCACUCAUCGCUCCCCCAUCACUCAUCUCCCCACCCGCCCCCUGGCCACCCCUUCCUUUCCCGUCCUGCGCGUCCCAACGCCCUCUCCCUGCCAUGGUCUCUCCCGCGUGUCCCCCGCCCCUUCUUCUUCCUCUUCUUGCCGUCCUGCAUGAAACCAUUCCCCCCCUUGUUCCUUCAUCCACGCAGUCUGAACUGCAUGCUCAGGACGCCAGUCAUUCCCUGCGUGGGAGCCAUACGUCAGAAUGGCCGCAUCGAGGUGAUGUCGUUUGAGGUGGCGCAUGUGAUGGUGCGGCUGGUGCAGCUGCAGCACUCGCUGCAGGACACGCACAUGGCGCAGCUGGCCUCCGGCGUCAUUGCUUCGCCCGGCAUCGCUGCCCUGGUCACUGCUGAUACUGACACUGCCUGGCGCAUCGCUGCUCUGGACCGACUGAACGACCUGCGAGUGAUUGCGCGGGACGUGGCCCGGUUCGGACAGCAGCAGCAGGAUUCGGAGGGGGAUGACGACUGCUUGCAAUGGAAUGUGAAGAAGAGCAAGAGGGUGGCAGCGGAGGAGAAGGCACAGCGAGAGGAGCAGCAGGAGGGAAAGGGAGAGGGACAGGAGGAAAACAAGGAGGUAGAGGAGGAGCAGAAGGAGGAGGGAAAGGAGGAGGAAAAGGAGGGAGUGGAGGAGGAGGCGCAGGGUGCGGUGGUGGUGGUGUCGCAGGAGGAAGGGCUGGAGGUUGUCAGAUGGCUGGAGCAGCACGCUUCGCUUGCAUCUGAGCUGUACCAUGAGAUAACGAGCAUAGAGCAUAUGUACAAGGCACUGCAGAAGCGCCUCAACGAGAAGCGCUCCACAUCCAAGCCCAGCAUCAUCCGAGACCUGAUCGAGCACAUGCGGUCGGAGCUGGACGCAAAGAAGGACGCAGUGAACAACAAGCGAGGGGGCAGCAUUUGGACCAUGACCUUGGACCAGGUGGUGGUGAAGCUGAGGGAUGCGGUCAUCUUCCUGCACGCGCGCAUGCACACAGUCUUUGGCAAGCACGCGCACCUGUCGGCGCCGUUCAUGGAGGCGAGGGAGAGGGUGCAGACGGGGGCGGAGCGCACGCUGGGGGAGGCGGGCAUGGAGCUGCACUACGCUAACAUCGUCACCAUGAUCGAUAAGAUUGUGACGGGCAGGUCAGUGGAGCACCACCGGGAGGCGCUGUACAGCGCGCUGCCGCGGAGGGUGGUGCACGUGCUGCGGCGGCGCCUGCUGCGGUCCGAGGACGUGGCUCAGAUGGGCACAGACGUGCUGCUGGCCCGCCUGGAAGGCGUGCUGGACUGGCUCGCCACCAUGGCUGAAAACACCAUCAAGAUCGGAGUGGAUCGGCGGUUGCAGGGGCACACGGAGCUAUCUCUAUUAGAGACACUCUACCAUGUGGAUGAGAAGAAGCUACAAGCCCUGCUAGUGGACUUGCUGGUGGACCUGCAGCACUAUGCCAGCCGGGAGGACGCGGACGACCCUGACGUUCCCUGGAGCGCCUUCUCUCCCCUCUCCAAGCCCAUAUCAGCACCACGAGGGGGGAACGCCGCAGCAGCAGCAGCAGGAGGAGGAGGAGGAGCGGGAGGUGGGGGAGGAGGAGGAGGGAGCGUGGGUGUGUCGCGUCGGGCAGGCCCUCCCCUGCCCAUCCGCGUGUCCUUCCCAUCCAGCAAGUCCGUUUCCGCCUCCACUGCCUAUGACUCCUCCAACCCCAAAUCCCCCUCGGCUGCGUCAGCAGUAUCUGACACUGCGCUCUCUGUCUCAGGCUCGGGCCCAAACACGCCCACGCCGCUGUUCGGCAGCCAUUCGCCUCUCUCUGCGUCCUCUCCUGCUUUCACACCCUCAGGCGCUUCCGAAGCUGCUAGCAGCGUCACUGGCAGCAUCACGCCAGGGUCUCUCUCUGGGUCCUACGCCGCUCGCAAUGCUGCUGCCUGCAGCUCGCUUGCGCACUCGCGUGGGGCUGUCCGCUUUGCCAGCAGCGGCGGCUCCAUUCCCCGCCCGCAUCAUCACGACAGCCGCAGGCGCACCCGCAGCAACCGCGCCACCAAGUCUGCAAGCUCUGGCGCGCAGCUAGGAGCGGUAGGGGGAGCGGGAGGAGCAGGAGCAGGAGGACCAGGAGCAGGAUCAGGAGCAGCUCCAGGAGGAGGGGGAGGGGGAGGAGGAGGGAACUACCAUGUUGCCAUGUCGCUUCCCGCUGCGAUGGUCCCGGGAGCAAAGGGAGGGUCCAAGGGAGGCCCGUUCAGUGGGUACGGCUUCCCAGUGAACCCCAUUCACAGCUUCGAGCUGCCUUCCCACCGCCGCAACAUCCCACAGCCGCUCCGCCUAUCAGUCCUGUCUGACUCGCCGUACCACGGCGGAGGGCUGGGCACGCCUGGGUUCUCGGGAUCCGGAGGAGGGUUUUCGGAGAGUGCACCGUCCCCGUUGGCGCAGCUUGUGGCAUCGGCCGCAGCGGAGGAGGGAGAUGAGGACGCUAUUCACGCCAUGGCGUCGCCGCUGCCGCAGUGGCUGCCUGUUUCGUCUGCAUUCAGGGAGGAGGAGGAGGAGAGGCUGAGAUCGCGUGCGUUUUCGACUGCCAGUCCCACGCCUGGUACCCCCACUGUGGUGCCGAGGAUGCUUAGCCGGGCCAUGCGCAAGUCUAUGACUGACUGGGAGAUGGGACCCAUGAUUGAUGCGCUCACGCUGGAGAGUGCCGGUGUUAGUGGCGCUGUGGCGGGUGCGGGUGCGGGCGGGAGCAUGCAUGUGACUAGGAGCUCUGAACGGCUGUCGGAGAGCUCUGGGGUGGCUGGGAGGGGCGGAUGGGGCGCAGCAGGCGGGGGAGGCAGGGACGGGGAUGGAUCAAAGGGAUCAGGUCAGCGGUCGUUCCUGGCUGUUGGGUCUGGUGGGCUCUCGGGAGUGGGGGUGGGAGGAAGCGGGUUGGGUGAGAGCUUUGGUGGGAGCAGUGUGGGUGGGAGUGUGACCGGCAGUGCUGCAGGUAGUGCGAGCGGCAGUGGCGUGCUAACUGCUGUCAUAUUCGAAGGUCAAGCAGGAGACGGAUUGACGAGCCCAAUGGGAGGACGGCCGGUCAUGGCAACACCCAGCAGCGGCGGCAGCAAGGGCUGGGCGUGUGGGAGCAUGGAAGGAGGGGGGUGGAGUGGAAGAACAGGAGGGAGUAGCCAGGCAGGCAGUGCAGCAGCUACCCCCUGCACGCCUGCUAGCUGGCGUUUACGUCCCAUGGCCCCUCUUCUUGUGGACGUGGACCGGAUUGAUGAUGAUGAGAAUGGUGCUGCGCUCAUUGCUGCUGCUGUUGGCGGGAGCUUGCUUACGGAUGGGAUGGGAGCGGAGGAGGAGCGGGGAGAGGCGAGUGAGGGGGGCACGAGUGUGGGGCCGAGCCCGAGGGUGGCGGAGGUGGGGAGGGAGGACAGUGGGCGGAGUGUUGGUACUGGGCCUAGCGCAAGAGUGAUGUCUGGAGAAAAGGCUGCUGGUGGUGGUGUUGCUGCUGCUGUUGCUGCUGCAGUUGCUGCUUCUGCUGCUGGUGCUGCUGGCGCUGGUGCUGCUGGUACUGGUGGUGCCGGUACCGGUGGGUCUAGCCUGGGGCCGAGCCCCAGAGGAUCCAGGGAGAGGAGAGGCGGUGAAGGGCGUGGGGAGUGA